AUGGUUGAUCCAAGCAAAAUACCGAAAACGGGUUUAACAGGAAGGACAAUUAUAUAUGACGAAGACGGGAAGCCUUGUCGAUCAUGUAAUACUCUUCUAGAUUUCCAGCUUGCAACGGGUAAAAUACCCAAAAAUGCAUCUAAAGUAUCUACAGAGACCUUUACGGAAGUUAUUUUUGACUUGAUUCCGGGGUCUAGAACGUAUAGGAAGGUGCCGCCACCGACCAAAGAGGUGAUAGGACGUUCUUCAUGGACGCUUUUACAUGCGAUAGGUGCUAAAUAUCCAGAGGCGCCAACUCAAAUACAACAGGACGAAAUGUCAAGAUUCAUGGCUUUAUUUAUGAGAGUUUAUCCCAUGGACGAUUCAAGUACUUUCAAUGAAAUUCAGAAAGCAUUUAAGGAAACUAGACCAAAUGUGUCAAGCUACAAAGGUUUUAAUAGCUGGCUGUGUAAUUUCCACAACAAAGUAAAUGAAAGAUUAAAAAAAGAGAAGUUUGACACAACGUUCUGGGAGGACAGAUGGGCAAAUGGUUGGGAAUAA